AGUGAAACUACAGCUGAAGACUCCGCCUUGUUGCCAAGCAUUUGCUGCUGCUCAGGAUGUCAGGUGUUCGGAUGACAGAAGGAAGUGUGCAGGUGGAGAUCUGCAAAGCACCACUUUUCUACAGACAAAGUGAACCUGCCUCAGGAGAUGCAAAGAUGUCAGUUCUGCUUCUUCAUGGCAUCCGUUUCUCUUCUGAAAACUGGCUCAACAUCGGCACUCUGGAGACCUUGGCUGAAGCCGGCUGCCGAGCAGUCGCCAUUGACCUUCCAGAACUGGGUCGGUCCAAGUCAGCCAAGGCCCCGGCAGCGGUGGGGGAACCUGCCCCUGCAGGUUUCCUCAAGGAGAUUUGUGAGCAGCUGAGCCUGAUACCGACGGUGGUGAUCAGCCCGUCCCUCAGUGGAAUGUACUCCCUCCCUUUCCUCAUGGAGCACCAGGCCGUGAUACGAGCCUACAUCCCCAUAGCGCCCAUCUGUACCGACAAAUUCACCACAGAGCAGUUCCAAAGUGUCAAGGUCCCGACACUGAUCGUUUAUGGCGACCAGGACGCUCAGCUUGGGGAGCAGUCGCUCCGUAACCUGAGCAAUCUGGCCAAUCACAGAGUGGUGGUGAUGAAAGGAGCGGGCCACCCCUGCUAUCUGGACGACCCGGACACUUGGCACAAAGCUCUUACAGACUUCCUUAAAACGUUGUGAAACUUUCUGCUGUGCAUGAGUGCAGAGAUUCUCAACGGCACACGAGUGACUCAGAUGGGCCUCGCAACUGAACGUAUCCUUCAUUCACAAGGAAUUUUGGCCGCAAUGUCCUCCUUCUUGACCUGAUUCUGACAGUUUAAUGAUGCUAUAAAUCACGGCUAAUCUAUGAUGUUGCUGUUGUAUUUUACGUUCGUAUUAGACGCUAUACAAAUAAAGUUGAAUUGAAUUGAAUUGUGUGAAAAAGUGUUUGUCCCCUUCCUGAUUUCUUAUUUUUUUGCAUGUUUGUCGCACUUAAAUGUUUCAGAUCAUCAAACAAAUUUAAAUAUUAGACAAAGAUAACACAAUUUCACAAUUUUCAGCUUUCCAAAGAUGUGAUAAACCCCAGUUAAUCUAUGUUUUAACAGGGGGGGGGGCAAUCACUUUUUCACACAGGGCCAUGUAGGUUUAGAUUUUUCUUUCCCCUUAAUAAAAACCUUCAUUUAAAAACUGCAUGUUGUAUUUACUUGUGUUAUCUUUGUCUAAUAUUUAAAUUUGUUUGAUGAUCUGAAACAUUUAAACGCAACAAACAUGCAAAAAAAAUAAGAAAUCAGGAAAGGGGCAAACACUUUUUCACACAACUGUAUAUGUGAAGCCAUCAACAAGCAGCUGGCAGCUUUAUAAAAUGACCAAAUCAUCAAGAUUUCUGGAUUUGAACACUUUUUGCACAAAACAUGAAGUUAUUAUGAUGUAUUGUACAAUUCACAUUCACUAAAACCCAUCUCUCCCCAACCCCCCUUAUACUGCCACCCUGUGGUUUGUAUUUGUCAAUCAUUAACCUAAACCUACAAAUAAAUAAUGUCACACUUGGAAUCUUUAAAUUAUUGAGUAACUAUACAAUCUGUUAUUUGGAUGGUUUCCUGGCAACUGGAAUGCACCAAGAUGUAGUUUAAAGAGAUGACGCUUUAACUUUAAAAACAAG